AUGUCGAGCUACUUUCCCCCUCCCCCUGGCGCCGGCGGCCCUGCCCCUGGAGGACAGCAGAGCUACCCUCCCCCUCCCGGGUCGGCGGCCCCUACUCAGACACAGUUCUCGUACCCCUCGCCUCCUGCCAACGCCCAACAAGGCCACUAUCCUGCUCCUCCCCAGGGCGCUCCGGCCCCUACACCCCCUCCGGGCUCGUCGACACCCUCGUACCAGCAACAACACUAUGCCCCGCCCCCGCAGCAACAUCUCCAGCAGCACCCCCAACAGCAGCAGUACGCCUCUCCUCCUCAGCAACAGCAAUACGCUCCCCCGCCCCAGCAGCAUCAGCAGCAGCCACCGCAACAACAGCACCAAUAUGCAGCCCCGCCCCAAGCUUCCCCUUCGCCAAUGCAGCACGGCGUGCUGCCUCAGCACUUGCGGAGUCCCUCGCUAGCUUCCCAGGGUUCGCAGCAGACUCAGCCUCAGGCUCAGCAGCAGCAGCAAUUCGCGGGCCCUCCUUCGUAUCCCAAGGAUAACAGUGGAGCUGGAUAUCCGGCCGAAAAGACGCAGCAUCUCCAACAGCAGCAGCCACCUCAGCAACCUCCCCAACAUAUCCAACAGCAGCAGCAGCAACAGCAUUCGCAGCCCGGGACCCCUGGUAUUGACCCGACGGGCGCUCCUACGGGCAACAAUUUUGUGGGCGCCUCGGCGAUCGUUGACGAUGUGGGCACCUUCAAUGGCGGCAGCUAUCGCAUCAGCCAUCGCGAUUGCAACUCAAUUUUGACCAUUCAGUUAGCCAUUGGAUGUCCCAUCGAAGCCAAACCUGGCGCCAUGAUCGCUAUGUCUCCCUCCAUCGUGCUUAAAGGCAACGUCAAGUUCAGCAUGAAGAAGCUGGUGGCCGGUGGCGACAUGAACAGCUCGACAUACACGGGGCCUGGCGAGCUGCUGUUGGCGCCGCCCAUGCUCGGCGACAUCACCAGCCUGCGCCUGACCGGUCAAGAAGCAUGGUCAGUCAGCCACGACGGUUUCCUCGCUUGCACCCAAAACGUCAUCAAGGACUACAAGCGCCAGGGGCUUGGCAAGGCCAUGUUUAGUGGGGAAGGUUUGUGGGUGUAUAAGAUCUCGGGGACUGGGCUGUUGUGGUUGACGAGCUUUGGUGCGAUUAUUCGGAAAGACCUUAUGGACGGUGAAAAGUAUAUUGUGGACAACGGUCACCUGGUCGCCUGGAACACCAAGUACGUCCUGGAGCGUGUCUCUUCGGGCGGCAUCAUCUCGGGCAUGGCGUCCGGUGAAGGCCUGGUAUGCAAGUUUACCGGCCCGGGUACCGUCUUUAUCCAGACGCGGAACGCGAAAUCGUUCAUGAUGGCUGUCGGCGGCCAGGCGGCGGCUGCAUAA